CGUGGCGUCGCUCUUGCACCAGGAAAUGGAGGCAGAGCAGCGGUGGAUGAGUCUGUAGCUGCGGCUCAGAAACUGGGAGGAGGAAGAAGCGAGACAACAGCCGACGACUUCCAGCUCUGAGAGGCUUCGAGCAUCCGCAGGAGAAGAUGAGCGACGCGACGCAGCCCAAAGUGGAGCUGUUUGUGAAGGCGGGGAGCGACGGCCAGAGCAUCGGGAACUGUCCUUUCUCCCAGCGUCUCUUCAUGGUGCUGUGGCUGAAAGGAGUGACCUUUGACGUUACCACCGUGGAUAUGAAGAGGAAGCCUGACAUCUUGAAGGACCUGGCCCCCGGCGCUCAGCCGCCCUUCCUGUUGUACGGUGGCGAGGUGAAAACUGACACCAACAAGAUUGAGGAGUUCCUGGAGGAAAGUCUCUGCCCUCCAAAAUAUCCACGUCUGGCCGCUCGUAACCCAGAGUCCAACACAGCCGGCAUGGACGUCUUCUCCAAAUUCUCUGCUUACGUCAAGAACUCAAACCCGCAGGCCAACGAAAAUCUAGAGAAAGGCCUGCUGAAGGCUCUGAAGAAGCUCGACGACUACGUCGGCUCCGCACUUCCUGAUGAAAUCGACGAGAAUAGCGCCGAUGAGGUCACCUCCUCCUCCCGCCCCUUCCUGGACGGCCAAGAGCUUACUCUGUCAGACUGUAACUUGCUGCCUAAGCUCCACAUCGUGAAGGUGGUGUGUUUGAAAUACAGGAAAUUCAGUAUCCCUCAGUAUCUGACGAACCUGUGGAGGUACCUGAAUGCUGCGUACGCCCGGGAGGAGUUUUCCUCCACCUGCCCGAUCGACGACGAGAUCCACAUCGCCUACUCCUGUGUAGCCAAAGCUCUCAAGUAGGAGGACAGCAGGAUGCACAAGUCGCACAUACACCAGCAGAGCAACACACAAAAAGCACAAAAACAACACGCAUUCAAUCUGCAAGCAACGUGAUGGCUCUGAUUCUCUGUUCCUGCAGCUUUUAUGUCCAUUUCCUUGUUUCAUGCAGCUUUAAAAUUCAAUUAAUCACAGUUUCAUAACCAACCAAAAACAUUUGAAACUAUUUGGAGGAUGCUCCCUUCCGUUAUCGUCCUCAAGGUUGUUACCGUCUACGCAGACAAUUCGACCUCAUAGUUCCAGCUGCAGUCGUGGAUGUAGUUCUCUCUCGUAUGAGUAAAGUUUUCUUUCACUCUUAAGUCUGUGUACUUGUACACAAAUGGGUUCUUUCCGGACUCAUACAACAUCCGUCCACCAGGUUCGGCGGUAAACCGUCCAGCCGUUUUUGUGAAACUAAGCUAAUUUACAGAUAAAAAAACAAAGUGAAAACAUAACCUCCUUGGCUGAGGUAAAAAGUUAAUUCCAGAUUAAAGUUAUGUCACCGCCAUAAUUGUUGACUGCCCUCAUAUCAUCUGAGUUUUCCUGCACAACCUCAUCACGUUGCCUGAAGACACACACACACACACACACUUAAAACUACAGCCUUACUUGUGUACAUUUUCCCCAUCAGUAGAUUUACACUGUAACGUUGGAAAUGUUUCUUUAUCCCUUCACGACAAUGACAGUGGCUCGGUUUAUUCCUAAUAUUUUUUAUUAGCGGAGAAUCAAUCAAACACAACGCUGCCUACGGGAUCACACAUUCACUAGAAGCUUGCAAGCCUCCUACAAGCUGAUUCAGCUCUUAUUUUCCGUCUUGGUAUUAAGGACAUUUUUUGACGAUCCUGAAAAACUAAAGUUACCAUCUCACCUGCCAAAGUGUCUUUUGUGGUUUGUCUGUAAUCACAGAUGCUUCACAUUUGAGUUUUCUUUUUCAUUACUGAGGGAACAAGGCCUUGUAUUUUUUAAGUAAAGCCAACUUUCAUUCAAACAGUGUUUUAUUCUUUCACUCGAAGAGGAAGUGGGGUGCACACCAGGAGUCACAUUAGGGAGGCCGAGCUGAAAACGGUUGUAGAGACAGGAAACGCUUUCAAUAGACUUCGGGCUUCCUCUUUCUCUGCUCCCACAGCAGGCGCGGAGGAUUAUUCAAGAUUACCCAGCUUGGUUGUGAUCCGCUGUAAGAGCCUCCUGCCGACAAAGUGCUCUGCUCUGCCCGUCAUGUUUGAAGUAUCUUAGUGUAGUUGAAGAAUCCCUAUGAAUGAAGGAGAUCGGGUCGUCAGUGGAGGAAGAGGUGAAGCUCGUUUGUUGACUGCAGAAGUUUUCAGUGCAUGCAGCAGCUUGAGCUCUGUCACGUUCCUCAUGAUGUGGGGGGGGGGGACAGAAGUAAAAUGUAGAAAUGCACAAAAUGAAAAAAGGAUCUGCAGCUUUAUGUUGUAGUUUGUUAUUAAUUCAAAGAAAAGGCUUGUGUUGUUUAUAUUAUCAGCAAAUCCCAUGAAAAGACCAAUAAGGUGUGCUUGCCUCUUUCUGUACUUUUGUUCCGAGCCGCAGUGAUAAGUAAAUUUACAGAAUAUUUAAUUAAUAAGAAUUGAAUCUGUAACUAGUUUGAUAAUCAAAUAAUUGUCGGAACAUUAGUGCCACCCAUCGAAACUGAUCGCUUGCAUAGACUUCACCGUUUUACUUGUGGGACUUCCUGGCGAUUCCUGACAUUUAAGCUGACCCUGGUUAACGCUGCACCACCGGAAAUCACUUUUUCUUCUUCUUCGUCGUUCCUUAAAAAAAUUGCCAAAUCUGCUGGGUUCGAGCAGGAAAAGAAAAGACAAACUCUCUGUACCAGCAGCUUGUGUAGAGGAUUUUAUAAACCGCACGGCACCGUGCACAUUAACAUUUACUGAUGUUGUUUGCAAUUAAAACUUAAUUUUAACCAUAGGCUGCAGUGUAGA